CGAAGCUAGCGAGUCACAAAAAUGUGGACAAAAAAGGCGAUGCCACUGCUGGCCGUCGUGCUGGUCUCCCUGGUGGGUGUGGGCUUGGCCCAGGACAAUCUGGACGAUCUCUUCAACUCGGUAUUCAACUUGACGGAGAAUAAGAAUACUCUUCCCGAGACGACCCCGAGCGGACCGGUGGCACCGGCACCGGUUGCACCGAUUGCCCCGGUUGCACCGGCUGCACCGGCUGCAUCCGCCGCACAGCCAGCACCAGCCGCCGUCGCUGAUCAAAAUACCUGCGCGGGCGAGUGUGUCCUGUACUAUCUGUGCAGUGACAACGAGAUCGUCACGGAUGGUGCCGGCAUCAUCGACAUUCGCGUCGGCGAAGAUCAGACGCAGGUGAGCGAGUGCCCGCACUACAUGCAAACUUGCUGUGAGAAGCGCUCGGUGGUGGAGGAACCACCACCGUCUCCGCAGCCGACCCCGGAGCAGCAACGGCGCGCUUCCUGCGGCUUCCGGAACGCGAACGGGCUCGGUUUCCGUAUCACUGGCAACAAGGGCGGCGAAUCGGAGUACGGCGAGUUCCCGUGGAUGGUGGCGGUGCUGCGCGAGGAGCAGGUGGUCGACAAGAAUCUGAACGUGUACGAGUGCGGAGCGUCGCUGAUCGCACCGAACGUCGUCCUGACCGCGGCCCACUGCGUGUUCAACAAGCAGCGCGAACAGCUGCUGAUCCGGGCCGGUGAGUGGGACACGCAGACGCGCAGCGAACUGCACUCCCACCAGGAUCGCCGGGUGGCCCAGAUGAUCACGCACGAAGCGUUCAACAAGGCUUCGCUGGCGAACGACGUGGCCCUGCUGAUCCUGACCGAACCGUUCCUGCUGGCGGAGAACGUCCAACCGAUCUGUCUGCCGCCGCCGAACGCCAAGUUCGACGCGACCGAGUGCUUCGCGUCCGGCUGGGGCAAGAACAUCUUCGGCAAGGAAGGUAAAUAUCAGGUGAUCCUGAAGAAGGUCCAGCUGCCGGUCGUACCGCACGCCAAGUGCCAGGAAUCGCUGCGCACGACGCGCCUUGGCCGACGGUUCGUACUGCACAACAGCUUCCUCUGUGCCGGUGGACGCGCCGGAGAGGAUACGUGCCGCGGUGAUGGUGGUUCGCCGCUGGUGUGCCCGAUCCCGGGCUCACCGACCUACUACUACCAGGCGGGCAUCGUAGCGUGGGGCAUCGGCUGUGGCGAGAACAAUAUUCCCGGCGUGUACGGCAAUGUGGCCUACUUCCGGGACUGGAUCGACAAACAGCUCCAGAGCCACAACGUGGCAGCCCGUGACUACGUGUUCGCCGCCCCCUAAGACGUUCGAUCGAUGAAAUAAAAUUGCACCCGUCCGGUCCGAGAUGUGUCGCGGCCAACA